AUGGCCCACCAGUCACCUCCCAUGCAGCCCCCGGCGCAACGACCUUCUCCACUGCCUUUCGACGACCAGCCGGGCCUCGAGGUUGUGCCACACGAUUACCUUCCCGAAGUUCGUCCGGAGGAAGAACCCAAGUUCUAUCUGGUACCGGCUCAACAUCAAGCUCAAAAGGCCCACCUCAGCGAAGAUUUUCCACAGGCGGUCGAUAGCAACGGGGAACUAGAUGUGGGCAGUCCAACCUCGACCGAAAAGGGCACACUUCCUGUCAGCAAAUCGUACCAGAGAGCUGGCGAUGAUAACAGCAACGCUGUCCUAAACAGCAGGCCAGAAACCAUCCGCCAAGGCUCCAAACUCUCUGCAGUGGGCUGGCGCAAAGCGAAUGGUGAUGUUGAGAGAUUCCUCUUUUACCUCGACCCCCAAGGUCGAGUCAGACGCUCGCGAAGUAUCACCGGCCCAGGCAGUUCUACUUCCAUAUGGGAAGAACAACCAGUGCUUGACUUGAAGGCAACCAACGGUACCUCACUUGCCGCCACAAUAGCUCUUGACGGCAGAGCGUACAAUCCGCAGACAGUACUAUUUUACGAGGAGGACACAAAGGUCUUUGCCGCCGUCAUCAACGAAACCAUACAACCAAACAUUCAGACUGAAAGCUUCUCGGGCGGGUACGGUCGUGAUAUUGGGGAUUUUACCAUGGCCAGUGGGGCUAGUUUAGGCUCAUACUGGCCUUACGUCGUUACUCAACACGAGUCCGGUCAUAUUAUUCAAAACGAUCUAGCGCUAAGGCGUGGCCUUGUUCCCAGUAGUGGCCAUGACUGGUAUGUAAAGAAUCUUACCAUUGCUGCCUACGAGGGUACAUCAUUGUGCAUAGUACCCACAAGCACCAACUUUACCAAGAUCAGGGACUACGAGGCCUACGGUGUAGUCUAUCAGAAGCCCAACCAAGGCAUAGCCCUCCAUUACCCUGCCUUUGGUCCAGGCACAAACGAAUCCGUGCAGCGCGACCAGGUUCCAGAAAUAUUCCCACUGGAAUAUGUAUUCCCUCCCCAGGCGCCGAUGGCCGCUUUCGCCGUCGCUCAAAAUGACAACGACGACGAGGGUCCGGUGAACAUCUAUCUCAUCAUCAAGAGUUAUACCAGCGGCACAUUUUCCGUUUGGUUCACGGAAAACUCGUCUUAUUGGAUGGAGGAAUCGCCUGCGGUAUUCCAAAACGUUGACGAAGAUUCGGAUAUUGCGUGCUCCAGUUUGGCUGUUACCAACUCGGACUGGGAAGAGCAGGAGGUCCCGCUGGCGCCGGACAAUGUGCGGUGCUACUUUCAGCGUAAUGGCACGGUUGUCGAGGUGAGCUUUGAGGGCUCAGGGUGGACUGAAAUUGGGGUGGUGCCGAUACCGUGA